AUGGAAGAUGCAAAAUCGAUUCACACUCAAAUGCCUACAAAUGGAAACUUGGAAAGGAAUGAAAAUGGUAAGGAUGUUGAUUUCAAGAAGUAUAGUGGUAUAAUUGUUUCUCUUCUAUAUCUUACUGAAUCUAGGCUGAACAUUAUGUUUAGCAUGUGUAUGUGCGUUCAUUAUCAAUCAACUCUUAAGGAAUCUCAUUUAAAAGUUGUAAGACGCAUUCUUAGGUAUCUUCAUGGUACCUCUAAGUAUGGGCUUUGGUAUUCUAAGGGAAGCGAUUAUAAUUUGGUUGGUUAUACCGAUUCCGGUUUUUUCGGUUGCAAAUCGGAUAGGAAUAAUACUAGUGGAAUUCGUCACAUGUUUUCAAAUUCCUUAGUAAGUUGGCAUAGCAAGAAACAAGCUUUUGUUGCUUUGUCAACUACCGAGGUAUACUACGUAACGGCCGGUAGUUGUUGUUCUCAAAUUUUAUGGCUCAAACAACAACUACUUGAUUUUGAUAUUAAACUAUAA